ACAAUCCAAAAAUUGAAUAGGAGUAAACCGAAAAGUCCCCAAACUAAAAUUUCGAAAAACUGUGCAUUCGAAAGUUGAAACAGCAAGAAAUUAUGGUCGAAACCGGUUAGGAUGUGUAUCAGAUCACGGAUCAAUCAAAUCGUUUCCGAGCGCUUAGAGUCGACAUUGGCCUGAGCGCGCUCUGGUCUGUAGAUCACACAAGUUCUCAGACGACGGACUGUAAUUCGUGUCGUCAUUUAAUUUAAACUAUGACGCUUCUCUAUGUUCUCUAGUUACGUUGUUCCAAUUUGAUCUGACUUAAUUAUACCAAAGUUAGAAAAUGCGUAUCACAUUAAUCUUGGUGCUUCAACCUGAUAGCAUCUUUGUCGUUCCUAAAACUUGCUCCGCGGAAAUUUUGUAAUGUUUAGAUGAGACUUGAAUGUGUGAUAACCACAAUUGACUAUACAUUGUUUAAAAGACUCUACAAUAACAUACUUCUUUUCAAACACCUCGAGAUGUUAUCUUUGCAUUGAAUACAAUUAACUUCAAAUACAACUUAUUUUGUUUUAUCAUCAGAUAAAAUUUUGUUAAUUGUCGAAACAAUGAAAUAAAACCGCGAUACGAUCGCAACUCCAUUUCAACAAAUGCAACGACGCCAGAAAAAUGGGUAGCAAGCCACCACACGACGAAAAAUCCGAAAAUGGACCCAAAGACAAGUAUUUAAUCGUUUAUGUUCUGUUCGCGUUCUUUGGAGUGAUCCACUUACUACCGUCCACGUUUUUCGUUACAGCGCACGAUUACUGGAUGUAUAAAUUCCGGGACACGUCCAGCGAUGAGGUGGAUUCUAGUCAUAGAACUGUGUUACAAAAGGAGUUCUCGCCCAGUGUGACCAUAUCUACCCACGUCGCAAGCGUUCUGUCCUCGUUUUUGACACUUUUCUUUGGACAUAAGUUAAACGUGCACUUGCGGCUGUAUGGUUCACUUUUUAUAAUUCUAGUACUAUAUGUAAUUUCAGCUAUUUUCAUCCACGUCGACACUGACUCUUGGCAAACGGGAUUUUUUGUGCUAACCAUGUUUAUAAUCGCGGGAAUUAACGCAAUGACCACGCAUGCCGGACUGACUUUUUUCUCCAUUUUGUACAAAUUCCCGGCCGACUAUCUCGGACAUUACUUAAACGGCCAAGGGGUAGCUGGAAUUUUUACUUCGUGCCUGCAAGUUCUAGCCCUUGCGGUUGGAAUAUCCACCACAAAGAGUGCUUUGGUGUACUUUUGGAUCGUGAUAGGUUUGAUUCUGGCUUGUUUGGUGUUCAUGAUCGCGGUAGCUCGAUAUAGCAAUUUUUAUCAACACUAUAACUCGAAAACCACACUUGAAAAAGAAGAGAGACGGAUGAUGACUGCGAAGGAAUUUUUUAGUGCGUUGAAACUGAUUUGGAAGAGUUUGUCUGUUCUUUUCUUUUAUUUGUGGGCUGUCAAUCCGACUCAUCCGGCGAUUACGUCACUGAUUGUGUCAGAAGGAGAGGGACAAGGGGAAUGGAAUGAUGUAUACUUUGUGCCUGUCACGACGUUCGUGUUACCAGCCAUUGGCGACUACAUCGCCAGAUUUGUCACAAUUAAACUUAAACCAAUAGCUAGUCUUGACGGGAUUUGGUUCGUGGCUUUUAGUGCUGCAAGGAUUGCCAUUUUCGUCCCUCUGUUCAUGCUUUGUAACGUCCAACCACGGUCCCAUCUAUCCGUAGUUUUUCCGCACGACUACCAGUACAUAAUCAUCAUGGUAUUUUUCUCCCUAAGUAAUGGGUUCCUGCUGAGUAUCGGAAACCUGAUCAUCCCCAAAACUGUCCCCCCCGAAAAACUGGAAGAUGCGUAUCACGUCAAUCUCGUAGGCGCCUCGAUUCUCAUGGGAUCUUUAUCUUUCUUAGGGUUCGUUUCUGUAGAACUGUUGUAAUAUUCAAGAUAUGUAAUAAACUUGUUUAAAAGU